GUAAAAUUUGUUUUCUAAAAAUACCAAAAUAACAUUUAUAAAAGGUUAUGUUUUAUUAAUUGGACAUAGAAUGACGGACAUGUACGAGUGUACGCGAGAGAGAUCAUGGACGUAAAAACCAAAAAAAAAAAAAAAAAGUUAUAAAUGGGCUCAAUAGUAUAACGUCAGUCGUGGGCCUAGAGGUCCAUAUGGCUCAUAUAAAUGGGCUCAAUACAAAGCACCCAUAGGCCUCUUAACUGGUUCAAUUCGAAAAAAUCAUGCUGAAGUGUUCCUUUUUCCUUCAUCGCCCUCGUCUUGCUUCCUCUUUACAAAGCAGAUUUUGUUUGAGGAAAAUGAGCACAACAGCGGGACCUCGAUGUCCAAAAUUUAUUACUGUGGAACAGAAUGAGAUUACUUCAAUAAGUAAACCCGAUGGCUUCAAAUUCCGUCUUGUCUCGUAUAACAUUUUGGCUCAGGUCUACGUGAAGAGUGCUCUGUUUCCACAUUCUCCAUCAUCCUGUCUCAAGUGGAAAGCUCGUUCCCAAGAAAUUUUAACUCUUCUCAAGAGCCUUGGUGCUGACUUCCUUUGUUUACAGGAAGUAGAUGAGUAUGAUAGCUUUUACAAAAGGAAUAUGGAGACUGUUGGUUAUUCAAGUAUCUAUAUUCAGAGAAGCGGGCAGAAGCGUGAUGGGUGUGGGAUUUUUUAUAAGCACAACAGCACAGAGUUGGUCUUAGAGGAGAAAAUAGAAUACAAUGAUCUUGCAAACUCGAUUCAAGAUGGAACAACUUCUGGUAUUGAUAAAGAUAAUGACAAACUAGCUAGUGGAAAUAAAGAUGCUGAGCCGCAAGAUGGUUUAGCACUAAAAAAUAUUCAAGGCAACCGUGGAGAUCCUAAUGAUCCUCGUGUAAGAUUAAAACGUGAUUGUGUUGGUAUCAUGGCUGCCUUUAAACUUAAGGAUCCUUCUCAUCAUAUCAUUAUUGUGGCAAACACGCACCUUUAUUGGGAUCCAGAAUGGGCUGAUGUCAAGCUUGCACAGGCUAAAUAUCUUCUGUCACGCCUAGCUCAGUUUAAAACACUGGUAUCUGACAAAUUUGAUUGUACUCCUUCUGUAAUUGUGGCUGGUGACUUCAAUUCAAUCCCUGGAGAUAAGGUAUAUCAAUACCUAACAUCAGGGAGCUCUUCAACAGGGCUAAUGCUGGAUUCUUUGGAAGAUCUACCUAUUGCAUUAUGUAGUGUCUAUGCAUUUACGGGGAAGGAACCACAAUUCACAAACUGCACUCCUGGUUUUACCGAUACUCUUGAUUAUAUAUUCUUUUCUCCUUCUGGAUAUAUCAAACCAGUCAGUUACCUAGAACUUCCAGAACCAGGAUCCUCUGAUACAGUUGAUGGAUUACCAAAUUAUCAGCAUCCAAGUGAUCAUCUUCCAAUUGGUGCUGAAUUUGAAGUUGUCCUUUGAUGAAAAAUCUCACGGGUAUAUCACAUUACAUUCUCUAAUUGCUAUUCUCUCUCUAUGAUGUUAGAAGUUUCAAUUUUCAGCGAAGUGGCUGUAGUGAUAGAUAGUUCGUUCUGUUUUAGUUUUUGUUGAUGAGGCUAUAACUAUUGUAUCAUUAUUUUGAAUAAGUUGAUGUAAUGCAAUGAGUUGGAAGUUUAAUCAAGCUGUCGAGAAUAAUGGUUCAUUAAACAUUUUUUUGUGACAAUCUGUAUGCAAUUAUUGACACUA